UCGAAACCAAACAAGACGGAGAAUAAAAAAAAAGUUGGUAUAAAAAGUGAUCAUUGUGUUCGGUUGCAAAACACUGACCCAUAUGCUCAUGAGACGUCUGAGCGCUAGUUGAUCGAGACGCUCACGCUCGGAGACGCUAUUUCCGCACUAGAGCCAACGUACAGUCUAUACCACCUAGUAACGUUAUAUUUUGACGCUGAUUAGCUGAUCAAAACAGUCGAUAUCUGUUACACAUAAUCAUGGCUUCAGUGGAAGCAAUGGAAGAGCCACAGACGUUUUCCUCUGAAGAAAAUUCUAGAGCGGAUAUCAUCGUUAAAGAGGAGCCAGAGGACCGCGUACUAAGAGAAAUACGCAAAUAUAAAAUCCCUAACCUUAAUGGUGUCCAAAGAGAACGCUUGUUCACGGUGCUAGCGAACCUUGUUGGCAAUAGUACUGAAAGUCCUUCAACGCAGCAGGAAACGCUUGGACGGAUACUGGAUAUUCUGAACAACCUGCCGUCACGCAAGUCCUGGUUUCAUGAUCUCGUUCAGGCUUUACGACAGGCGGGUGACACAUUUUUUAAGCAAUUGGCUGUGGAUUUGGAAAAUGAGUUUCAGGAAAGUCGGCGAGAUAUGGACGAGGGGGAAUGGGAGAGCUCUGGGAGCGAGGAUAUUGAUGGAGACGAAAACAUUGGGUUGGAAAUCCCCCCUUGCUCAGAAUCGUUUUAUAGAGAACACAGUACAGAUUUUGAAGAGAAUUACAAGAACACAUCGUCACCAAGGGGCAGAGUAUUAGUCAUAAACAACAAACAUUUUGGCGGGAGGAGCGAUCGAUUUGGGACAGAACGAGACGUCGCCAUGUUGGAGAAAUUGUUUACGGGACUACACUAUAAGUUCGUAGUCAAACACGAUUUAAAAGCACAGGAUAUCAAAGAAGCCUUAAAAGAAGAAAGUCUAAAUCCUGAACACAAAUCCUUUGACUCGUUCGUGUGUGUAAUUCUCAGCCACGGAGAAAAAGAGAUUGUACGCGGAACAGAUUCUGAAUCUGUAAAAUAUCAGGAGAUUCUAAGCCCUUUUGAUAACCAAUCGUGCCCCGGAUUAGGAGGGAAACCAAAAUUAUUCUUCAUUCAGGCAUGCCAAGGAAACAAGACGGACGACGGUGCUAUCUGCACCGAUGAAGGGGAAAGUGAAGAGAUCACGGAUUCGCCCGCUACUGCAGGCGUCGGAGAUAUGUUGUACGUGGAUGCUGAAACACAUGGAAAAGUUAUCCUUCCAACUAAAAGUGAUAUACUCAUUGCCAAAGCGACGACAGAGGAAUAUGUUUCAUAUCGAACGAGACAGAAGGGCACGUGGUUCAUCCAAGCCAUAGUUAAAGUUUUCAGUCAACAUGCAUGUAAGGAGGACGUGGGAUCGAUGUUAACAAAGGUUAACAGUCACGUUUCCCGAUUAUCGACGUCAAAAAAAAAGAAGCAGAUGUCGGAAGUCACACAUACAUUAUGCAAGAAAAUGUACUUCUUCCCAGGCAAUGGGAAAAGCAAAUCUGAGCAGCCUCAUACAGAUAUGUCUUCGAUGCUCGAGGAAGUUCCUUGGAAAAAAAUUAAACUGGAUUCUGAACCAUCACUUGAAUCACCAAUCAGCAUCAAGCCAGAAGUACUGACACCAAGAAAGUACCAGAAAGAACUUGCUAAGCCGGCGAUGGAUGGGCUGAACUGCAUUAUCUAUGCUCCGCCAAACAGCGGAAAAACCGUCGUGGCUUUAAUGAUUGCCAAAAACCACCUCGAGAAGAGAUGUGCUUCUACAAUGACUGCGGCAACUUCAGGCAGAGAUGAUGACUUAACUGAAUUGAAAACUGCGGCGACCUCAUUGGAGAAUACUGUGCCCAAAGCUUCGGACGAGGUUAUAUAUACUCGACUGAAAACACUUGUCAACUCUAGCAGACCAUCUUACCAGACUGUACCUGCUGUUCUUUGCAGCAGUAAUAUUGAGGACGCUACUGAACUUAAAGCAGUCAUGAACACACAUAGUUCCAAGGUACCCAAAGUGGCCUUUGUUACCAGACGGUUUACCCUUCUGCAACAAACCUUCAAACACUUCAAAAAAUACAUGCCACUAUGGAGCACUGGCAAACGCAGCGGUGGGUCAAACUCGAAUACGCCAUUGAGUCUACUUGUCCAGCGCAAAGACGUCAUUAUAGUCGUUGACAACAUUAUGAAAGAUUCACUGGAGUCGAAGGAUGUUAGUAUUAUGGAUUUCUCCCUAAUCAUCUUUGAUGAGUGCCAUCACUGCAAGGCAGACAAUGACCACCCUUACAAUCAAAUCAUGUCAUUUUACAUCGAACAGAAGUUGAUGCUAGGUGAAACUGGGGAGGGAAAGUUACCACAGAUCGUUGGGCUGACCGCCAGCCCUGGAGGGGGAAGACGACCAGUCGCUGAAAGUGUUGAAAAGCACAUUCUUAAGCUUUGUGCUAAUCUAGACGCCCGCCGCAUUGUCACGGUGAAGGACAACCUGGACGAAUUAAGCCAAAGGAAACUGGAACCCUUAGAACAGGUUUGUGUUGAGGUGCAGGAACGAGAGAAUCCAUUCAAUGACCACUUGGCAGCCAUGAUGACUCAGAUAGAAAGUUGGAUCCAAAUUUCUUCGGACAUUACUAAAGGUACACAGAGAUACAUGUCAUUUGUAGAGGAAAAGAAAAAGGCCUUCCUUGAAGACGACGGUCUUAACACCCUGAAAAGCCUCCUGUGUUUGGAUCAUUUGUAUGAAUAUAACAAUGCGAUAGAGUUUUGUAGCUCGAUGCGAAUGGAAGAUGCACUUUGGUGUCUGAAGGUCUUCUAUAAUGAUAUGGAACGCAAUAAAAGGGAGAGUGGUUUUGUAGAAAUGGAAAAAAGACUACUGACGUAUUUUGAAGAUAAUGUGCAACAAUUGAGAUCUUUUGCGUCAAAAGAAAAAACACCCCCGAAACUGAAGAUUCUGAAAGAACAGAUUCUUACUAGUCAGAUGAAAUGCGAAGGAAAUAGAGCUAUUAUAUUCGUCAAGACAAAAAAGACAGCAGAGGCCAUGAAAGUUUGGAUAAACAGUGACACAGAUUUGAAAGAGGUCAAUGCUGACGUUCUUUUUGGAACCAAUACUUCAAACGAGAAAGGCGGGAUGUCAUAUGGCGAGCAGGAUGCCGUUCUAAAGAAAUUUAAAUCGGGAGAAACAAAAGUAUUGAUUAGUACAAGUGUUGGAGGGGAAGGACUUCAUGAGUCCAAUUGCGGCACGGUUGUUAUCUACGAUCACAUGUUUGAUGACGUAUACAGUAUUCAGGCACGUGGACGUGCACGCGCAACGAAAAGUACCAUCGCAGUUAUCGGUGCGGCAAACACAACAGCGAAGCAUGAAGUGAAUGUUUUAUUAGAACAGCUCACAAAAAUGGCCGUUGCUAGAAUACAGCAAAUACCUCCAGAACAUAUGUUGCAGAAGAUCAACAACAUGCAGCAUGAAGAUGCCCACAGAAGAAAACAAAGGCGGGAGAUGAUGGAGGAACAGAAAAAGAAAAUCCGCACUGAUGACAUAAAUCUUAUCUGCAAAGGACCAUGUGGUAAGCGAGUAUGCAAACUCUCUGAUAUCCGCAAGAUCGAAACCGCCCACAUCAAUCCAGAUCCUGACUUCGCUUCCAAUCAUGUUCUUUUCCGAGAUCAUCAUGAACCUAAAAAGAGCGCACUCGGUAUUAAGAAGAUCCACUGCAAAGAAUGUGAACAAGACUGGGGUAACACGUUGCAGUCGUAUGGUUACCCUUGUUUAAAAAUUAGCGCUUUUUACACUGAGGAACAAGGUGUAAAGAAAUCGAGGAAGAAGUGGUCCAGUGUUCCUUUUUCCAUUCAGAAAUUUUAUCCCGAUGCUUAGAGUAUCUUUGUGCAGUAGGGAAGGGUUUCUAACUUGGCAACAAAGAGUUGUGGGUUUGCGUAUUAGAUGGCCACUAAUCUUUAGAAACACAAACCGCAGACUGCACUCUCAAAAAUUCAUCUGUUUUAAAGCAGGCUAGAUUGAACAAACAAACUCAAAAUACACACCAUUUUCAGACAACAAAAUGCCAUCUUCAGUUUUGACACAGUUUGGAGGUUUGAAUAAUUGUUGUAAUUGUUGUGGUAUUUCCAAAUGUUCAGAACAAUGAAUCGUUGAAUGCAUUGCACAAAAUCAAAUAAAAAAAUAAACAUUAAACAUAUAUACAUAAUUAUUAAAUUAAAAUUAUUACAAAUAAUGUGCAAGAAAUGGCAACAUGACUGAAUCCAUGCAGUCGCCAUCAAAUAAUCACAUAUGUUUGCAGUUGAAAUCAUAUAUGGUGGUAUUUGAAUAAAUUGCAAUCACAUGUUGAUGGUGUUUGAUGGGCUGUAAGAUAUGCUUAUUAAUUACAGGAAUCCCAAAAUGCUCACUUUCAUUGGUAAGCAAAUGAUCAAACAUAAUUAUAUUUGUUACAGCGUUCAGUCCCCCUUACGAUCUUUGCUUGAAAAAUCCAUUUGGUAGUACAGUUUGAUAUUGUUUUGAAUUAGGAUUUUGCAUUUUAUUUUUGCUGUGUGUGUUUGUGUGUAUGUGUGUGUGAGAAAGAGAGAGAGAAAUAAAAAAGUAAUUUUUUUUGUUCCACUGGAUGGGUAACUAAUCAUCUAUCUUCAAACGUCAGCAUUAUUAUUAUAAUAACGUUAGGCUAGUGCUUAACGGACCUCCCUAUAAUAUUAUUGUAUAUUGUGGUCACACUGCUGUGGUGAUACCGCUUGAAAUGCACACAAUACCAGUCUGAAAAUUUUAUGACAAAAAAAUGAAUUUUCGUUGAAAUUUCAAUUAUUUUCAAUUUAUCACCAAAGUAAUUAUUCAAAUACUGUUCAAUAAGUGCCCUUUUCUGGUUUAAGUUCUGUUUAUUUAUUUAGUUUUUUU